UUAUCUGUGUCACGAAAUAUCAUUUGCAAAAAAAAAAAUGGAAGAAAAAAAAGUUCUGUCAGUGUCAUUUAGUAAACAGUUCUUUUCUUUUUGACCCAGGCAAGAUGGGUAUCAGCCGCGAUCACUGGCAUAAGCGAAGGGCCACCGGUGGAAAGCGUGCGCCAAUCCGUAAGAAGAGGAAGUAUGAGUUAGGUCGCCCGGCAGCCAACACUAAGCUUGGACCACAACGUAUCCACAAUGUCCGCUCUCGUGGUGGAAACGUCAAGUACCGCGCUCUCCGUCUUGACGCUGGCAAUUUCUCCUGGGGCUCUGAAUGCUCCACCCGUAAGACCCGUAUCAUUGAUGUAGUAUACAAUGCAUCUAACAACGAGUUGGUCCGUACCAAGACUCUGGUGAAGAAUGCUAUUGUGGUGGUUGACGCUACCCCCUUCAGACAAUGGUACGAGUCUCACUACCUCCUACCUCUGGGUAGGAAGAAGGGCGCCAAAUUGACUGAAGCUGAGGAAGCCAUUAUUAAUAAGAAACGCAGCAAGAAGACAGCCAAGAAAUAUGUGGCCAGACAACGCCUAUCUAAAGUAGAAGCCGCCUUGGAGGAGCAAUUCCAUACUGGUCGUUUAUUGGCGUGCGUAUCCAGCCGGCCCGGACAGUGCGGUCGUGCCGACGGCUACGUACUGGAGGGCAAGGAGCUAGAGUUCUAUCUAAGAAAGAUCAAAUCCAAGAGGGCUAAGUGAGAAGUGUAAAUGUAAAAUAAAUAAAAAAAACUAUAAUUUAUUUCAU